AUGGCGGCAAUUCUGGAGUUCUGCUCACUUCCUUUUGAGAUCUCCGAUGCCCCCAUCACGAAUGAAAGGACCAGAAUCUACGUCAGAUGUCACGAUCGAUUGUUCUCAAACGUCACCCUUUCAUGGCGUCGACAGGUGAAAGACACUUCGGGUGUGCCGGUGUUCGACCCACGCCAUCACGGGUCUGCAAUGAAGAACUUCUGGACGGUGGAAAGUCCGGAUGGUCAGCGCACAGCGGAGCUGAAACAUGUCUCCUCUGGACGCCGAUCAGAUCUUGGUAGGGUUGUUCCGACCGGAAAAGACAAGGAAGACGACGUGGUGUUGCAGGUUCGGCAGAAGGACCAAAGCGCGAUUACGACUAGAGUCUUCUCUAAGGACAUCUGUAUCGCCGAAUUGCUGCUGCAAGAGUCGAACGAUAUCUCCAAUCUCAGUCAAGUUGACAGAAGCUCUUGGAAGGUUCGGAUUGCUGGUGUUGUAGACCCAGCAGUGAUCUUGAUCAUAGCUCUGUGUCGGGCUGAGAUGCGUCAUGUAUGGAGACAGUAG